AUGGACAAACCUCUGUGCAACUACGACAAGGAGUUCGACCUGGGCAACCACCACGAGUGUUGCGAGAGGGUGGUCAUCAACGUGUCGGGCUUGCGCUUUGAGACCCAAGUGAAGACUCUGCGCCAGUUCCCGGACACACUGCUGGGGGACCCGCAGAGGAGGAUCCGCUACUUCGACCCGCUCAGAAACGAGUACUUCUUCGACAGGAACCGCCCGAGUUUCGACGCCAUCCUCUACUAUUAUCAGUCGGGGGGCAGGUUGAAGAGGCCCAACAGCGUGUCCCUGGAGGUCUUCAUGGAAGAGCUGAGGUUCUACGAGCUGGGGGACGAGGCAGUCACCCGGUUCCGUGAGGAUGAAGGCUUCAUCAAGGAGGAGGAACGGCCGAUGCCCAACAAUGAGUUUCAGAGGCAGCUUUGGCUGCUCUUCGAGUACCCCGAGAGCUCAUCCCCGGCCAAGGUGGUGGCAAUUAUCUCCGUCCUGGUGAUCCUCAUCUCCAUUGUGGUCUUCUGCCUGGAGACCUUGCCCGAAUUCAGGGAUGACCUGGACCCCACCCUGCCGGUGCACACCCACCGAGGUAACAGCUCCCACUCCGAGGUUCCGAGCAACACCUUCCAGGACCCCUUCUUCGUGGUGGAGACCAUGUGCAUUUGUUGGUUCUCCUUCGAGCUCUUCCUGAGGUUCAUCGUCUGCCCCAGCAAGCCGGGCUUCUUCAAGAACAUCAUGAACAUCAUCGACUUUGUGGCCAUCAUCCCCUACUUUGUGGCCCUGGGCACUGAGUUUGCCAGGCAGCGAGGGGUGGCACAGCCUGCCAUGUCCCUUGCCAUCCUCAGGGUCAUUCGUCUGGUCAGAGUCUUCAGAAUCUUUAAGCUGUCCAGGCACUCCAAGGGGUUGCAGAUCCUUGGGCAAACUCUGAAAGCAAGCAUGAGAGAACUGGGCCUCCUGAUCUUCUUCCUCUUCAUCGGGGUCAUCCUAUUCUCCAGUGCUGUCUACUUCGCAGAAUCAGAAGAUGAGAACACCAUCUUCACCAGCAUCCCUGAAGCAUUUUGGUGGGCUGUUGUCACAAUGACUACGGUAGGAUAUGGCGACAUGAGCCCCUUGACUCUUGGAGGUAAGAUCGUGGGAUCCCUCUGUGCCAUUGCUGGUGUGCUUACCAUCUCCUUGCCUGUACCCGUGAUUGUCUCCAAUUUCAGCUACUUCUACCACAGGGAGAUCGAAAGUGAGGAUCAAACGCAAUACUCACACGUGACGACAUGCCCUUACCUGCCUCCAAGCCUGAAAGCCCAAUCGUUGACUGGGAAAAGUACAGAGCUGGAAGACGACCUUAUUGACAGUUUCUGCACACCCCUACAAAAUGACAUGUUGGAUGGUUUCUGCCCUACUGACAGUGGACACCAUGAAUCCACCAGCUCACCGAACAGCAAAGCCUUGGUCACCCAAGUCUGACUGGUUCCCCUUUCAAAGUUGCUUAAAUCUCAAUGCAGGAAAAAAAG